CAUCAUCAUCAUCAUCAUCAGCAUCAACAGCUGCUGCAGACUCAGCAUUGAGAGAAACAAAGCCGGACGCUGUGCGGCCACAGAAUACGACGAAGCCAAAACUCUCCUGGCUUCGGCUUCCCUUCGACGCUUCUGCCUUUGCCAACUUCCUCCUCUUCACCACCUUCUCCCCGUCCUUUCCGCAGCAAACAGCAGCUCAGACCCGCAGAAGCAUGCGCAGACUCCUCAAUUAGACUGCCUCAGACCUCUGUUCUUCAUUCACCCCUCCUCUUCCUCAUAUCUCCCCUCUGCUCCGUGCUGCACCUACUUCUAAGUCAUGGCUGCGCCCGCAGACGACGGCGAACAAGACCCUGUCGCCGCCGCUUCUUCUCCUGCCCCGCAGCCUUCCUCACCACCUCUUGAUUCUGCUAAUCGCGAGUCUUCCGAACCUGCUCCUGCUUCUGAGCCCGUCGCGCUGUCUCCGCCGUCUGCGCCCACGAAGCAGGACGACAAGGACGAGCGGCUGCUGCAACAAGGUCAGCCCUCCGCCUCCGCGUACGCGAUCCCGUCCAUCUCUCUCGACCGCCCGACCCCCGUUCUCUCUCCACCGCGCUCGUCCUCGCCUUCCCGCGUUGCGAAAUCCCGGUCGCCAACCAGAUCAGCCGGGCAGCCCACCUCCUCGUCCGCCGCGGCAACAAACUCAUUGUCCGGUUACCAAUGGGGCACCUUCAUCAAGCGUGCCGUGAGCACAGUCGAGCAAUCAAUCGAUAAAGUACUCGACCCUGCGCUUGCCGAAGUCACCCGCAGCGGACAAUCCGACCCCGUCUUGGUGCCGCCCGCGCAGCCCACCUCCUCUACGACUCCUACGACGAACACAACCUCCACCGGUCGCAUAUCGAUGCAGCAGCGGCUAGCGCUCGCAAUGCAGGCUCAGAAAGCAUCUGCGGCGGCGUCUGCGACCUCGCGUGCGCCGUCAAGUGACCGCGCGAGUGCGGUCUCGAGCAGUACAAGGGAAUCACUCGACGCCGACGAGUCUGAUCAACGACAAUCAGCCGAGCGGGGUAGGUCGCUCGAGAUCAAGGACAGCAACGACGCGAUGGAGGCCGUGGCGAGCAGCAGUAGCAGUAUCAACGAAUCUGCUGCUCCUGCUGCUGUUGUGGAAAACAGACCUUCGGUUGAAUACGCACCAAACGAAUCACCGCUACGACUCGAACUCACGCAGAAGCAAGAGGAGCUGCAGAAUUCACUCGGACGGAUUAGCAUUCUUGAAGAAAAAGUAAAGUAUCUGUCUAGCCAGCUGCUCGACUAUACGCACAAGAACCGGCAGACCGGUGCGAUUGAUAAACGACUGGCGGAGAAAGACGAAAAGAUUGGACUGCUGAUGCAGGAAGGCGAGCAGUUGUCCAAAAACGAACUUCGGCACAUGUCGCUGAUCAAAAAGCUACGCCUGGCCGAGCGCGAGUCCGAGCGCGCGGUAUCAGACGCGCAGAAGCGGCAAGAACGCGCGGAGAAAGAAGCCAGCGAACUUCGCGACCGUCUGCGGAAAGCGAACGAGAUCGAGCGGAAGCAGUCUGAGCGGAUCCGGCUGCUGGCAAAGUCCGACUCUGAGGUCGAUAUCCUCAAGCGCGAGCGGGAUUCGCUCAAGGCCACGAUUUCGAAUUUGCGGGAGGAGCUUGCGCAUGCGAAUUUGUUGGCCGAGGACGCGAUUUCUAAAGUGCAGUCGGAUGCGCUCGAGAAGGAGAGAGCGCGCGCGGACGGGCUGCAGCGCGAGUUGGAUGAGUUUAAGGCUGAGCAGGCGAUGGAGCGGGAACGAUUCGCGCUCGAGAAGUUUAAUUUGCAGUCGAAGAUGGAUCGUGAGGCGGAGAGGGCAAAGACUAGAGAGCAUGAAUUGAAGGAGGAGAUUUCGAGCCUGGAACAUAAACUUGAACUAGAGCGAAUCCACGCCGAAGAACUCUCGGUGAGCAGCUCGGACGAUUCACAUGCGAAGCUAGCACGACAGAUUGAGACCUUACAAUCGCAAUACUCGAUCGCGAGCGAGAACUGGCAAGGUAUCGAGGCGGCCUUGCUCGCGCGCAUCUCGCGGCUCGAGAGCGAGCGCGACGAGCUUCUGAAGCGCGAGACGGCGCUGAGAAAGAAGAUCCAGGAGGAUACCACUCGGGCGCGGCAGUUGCAGGAAGAGUCUGACCAGAACCAGACUGUGAUUGGCGAUCUCGAGGCAGAAUUGAAGUUGCAGGUCGAGGUCGUCAAGUCGCUGCGCAGCCGGAUUGAUGAGGAGACCGAGCGGUCUGCGAAAGCGAUUCGGGAGCUCGAGCAGGACAAGAUGGAGCUCGAGCGCAAGCUGCAGGAGGAAGAGAAGCUGCGCCGCGAAGAAGCUACAAUGUACAUGACGCGCUCGCCGCCUCCUUUGUCGCCCGUGAUUUCAAAGCGGUCGGGAAUGGGAGCGAUGGAUUCGUUCCCGAUGUUUCCCACCACCAGCGGCGGCGGCGGCGGUAAUGGCGGCAGGGUGUUCAACUUGUCGCGCGAGUCGUCGUUUAGCGAGAUUAGUGGUUUCGGAUCACUGAACGGAACCGCGCCGUCUAUGAUUUCGCACCGGCGCAUGUCGCGCAACGUGUCGAUGCCAGCGCCGAACACCUCGCUGCCGACGUCGCCGGCGAUAGGAGGGAUCACGCCGACGAUGUCUGCGAACGCGUCGUUUGCGUCGCUGAACGACGCGGCGUCGUCGGCUGAUCUGCCGCAGCAGAUCAACCUGCACAACGCGCUGCUGUCGGGCGACGACAGUAACAACAACUCUGCGUCGGGCAGCGUGCAGGGCGUCGACGAUAUGCUCUCGAACGCGUCGACUGCGAUUGGAAAGUCGUCGUCCGAGCGGAUGUCGUCUGUGAUCCGGCGGUUAGCAUCCGAGCUCGCGUCCGCGAAAGAAGAGCUCUCGAUCAUAUCGAGGGACCGCGAUCAGGCGCGCGAGGAGACGGUGGAGCUGUUGCGCGAGAUCAAGCAGAAGCGGGACGUGGAGAGCGAGUGCGCGGAGCUGCGGACGCAGUUGGAGGAGUUGAAGGUGCGGGAGCAAACCACGCUGGAGAUGUUGGGCGAGAAAACGGAGCGGGUGAAUGAGUUGCAGGACGACGUGCAGGAUUUGAAGAUGAUGUAUCGGCAGCAGAUCCAGGAGUUGAUUGAGAAGAUUAAUGAGAAGUAGAUGGUGCUUCUGUGUGUCGCCAUAGUGUCUGGUAGUGUCAUAGUUGUCUAAUUGCAUUGACUACAUUGUAGCAUUUUGGAUAUUGUUUAGUUGUUUUAGAUAAUCAUUUCGGUUAUUGGUAUGUAAUCAAUUAGUCACCAAC